GCGCGUUAAAUCCCCACUCAUUGAAAAUACAGCUAAAGAGGGAUCUGCUAACCCUUUGAUUGAGGUUUAUAAAGCGGGGCUCGGGCGCUGCUUUGUGAGACCACCAUUUUUCAGUGGGUGACUGGCUCCAGCACUCUUUGCAGGAUGAGUAGUAAGAUCACAUUUUAUGAGGACAGAAACUUCCAGGGCCGCUCCUAUGAGUGCGACACCGACUGCCCUGACAUGCACCCCCACUUCAGCCGCUGCAACUCCAUAAAGGUGGAGAGCGGCUGUUGGGUGCUGUACGAGAAGCCCAACUACACCGGCUACCAGUACGUUCUGACCAGAGGAGAGUACCCAGACUACCAACGCUGGAUGGGCUACAAUGACACCAUCCGCUCCUGCCGUACCUUCUCCUAUAUUAAAGAUGCAAGAAAACAAUAUUCAGUGACUGAGCAGCAACUUGUUACCAGCGAGGGGCCCUACUGCAUGCGCAUCUACGAGCGUCCCAACUUCCAGGGUCAGAUGAUGGAGUUCAGCGACGACUGCGAGUCAGUGCAGGACCAUUUCCGCAGCCGGGACAUCUACUCCUGCAACGUCAUGGACGGCUACUGGACCCUGUACGAGCACCCCAACUACCGCGGCCGCCAGUACUUCAUGAGGCCCGGAGAGUACCGCAAGUUCAGUGACUGGGGGGCCACCUGCGCCACCACUGGGUCCUUCCGCAGAAUCACAGAGUUUUAAUCAGGAAUCUCUCUUGAUGCUAUUGAUUUUAUUUACAUAUCAGUUUCACCAAAAACACCCAUUUCCUCCUCUGAAUGGCAUCUAUUUGUGGUAAUGUUAAUAAAAUAUGUGGUACAAUAAGGAGUGGAAUGUUUUCAUUGGGCUCCCAUACAGAAAUAUGAUAUGGUUUUAAAUAACAUAAUAAAUGAAUCUAUUGUAAACUA